GAAAAAAAAGGGGCUCACGAUCUCUCGGCCGCCACAUUUUCGAAUUGCCGCUCGGCAAGCCCCAAUUUUCGAAAUUCCAAGCCCCAAGCCCAGACCCCGCUCCUCACCCCGCAUCUACGCACCACCACCGGAUCCCCUCCUCGCGCUGCCGCGCCCAUAGCGCCCCAGCCGAUGGCGGCCACCUCCGUCGGCGGCGAGUGGGAGAUCGAAUACGAUGAAGGCUUCGUCUUCAAGCGCCCCCGCGUCCUCUACCCGGAUGGCGCCGAAGAUACCGGCACGGCGGCGCCCUCUACGCCGGCCCCGGACCUCGAGUCCGCCCGCCUCCAGCGCCGCCGCCGCGCGCUCCUCCACCUCCGCGCCAAAUACCAACCGGAGCUCUCCCGCUGGGAGUCCCUCUCCUCCGACAUCCUCGCUCCGCCCACCGCCCCCACCGCAGCUACCUCUGGAGCUUCGUCCGCUUCCCCUCUUCCCCUCACCCCCUCGGCCGCCACAAUCUCCUCGGACCACACUAUCCUCGAUGACUAUCUUGCGGAGGUGGAGGCGCAGGAGGAAAUGCUCAAAAGAGCAUCGCAGAUGUGUGAUGAGAUUGUCGAGUUCUGCAAUGAGUACGAGGCAGCCGUCGUGGAUGCCGUUGCCGCGCUGCCGGUAUGGGGGGAUCCACGCGACCUUGUGAACUCCCUGUGCAGUGGAGAUGAGCAGGCUGCCGGGCAGCCUGUCCCUGGUAUUAAUUAGGCACUGUGCAAUUUAAUUGGGGCCAUUUGUAUUUAACUAGAUAGUUUGCUUUGUUGUGUUUGGUGAAUUGCAGUUCGAUUGGAGGCAGAAACUAGGCUCAAUAGUUGUAGGAUUGGCAGAGAUUUCCUCCUGAUGUACCUGAGGGGGUUGUGGACAUUGCAACUGUGUAACUAAUUUAGGGUAUGUUGGGCUAAAAUAUUUUAGAUUUAUUUUUUAUCAGGUGCUGUCUUAAGUAUUGGAGUUGUACUUGUGUAUGGAAGUCUUUUUGUGCCUGAUUUGCACACGACUUAAUAUGUUUCUUGCCUUCCAAA